UCAAUUAUUGGUGCACUUGCCUUGAAAAUUCACCCCAGUGCACUAGAGAAGAUAAGACCAAUCAGUGCAACCGCUCCCCUCUUCUUCACCCAGCCAGCUUUACUCGACGCCUCUGGCUGCGCCAGCGACAACAUCAAGGGAGCAACAGAUUCGAUCGACAGCCAGGCCGAGCAAUGGCCGCCGAGCAUCAGUAGAGUCUUCAUUCUCAGAUCUGAACCUACUCUGCUCUUGGUAGCAGCAGCUUGUACUUCUUCUCAAGUCACCACGGCGGUAUCUACACUCUUAGAUUCUGUGAUUCUGAGUGGUUCAGCUGGCUCGAUCACACCCAGAUCCGAUGGAACGGAUCAUGGUGAGCGCUGCCACUGGGGUGAUGAACUCCCUCCUCAAGAAGCUCGCGGAACUGUUGAGCGACGAGUACAAGCUUCAGAAAUCCGUGAAGAGCAAAAUUCGCUCACUGGAACUCGAGCUGAGCAGCAUCAAUGCUUUUCUCAGGAAUUUGGCUGACAAGGAGGAUCUGGACCCGCAGACUAAGGAAUGGAGAGACCAGGUGAGAGAGAUGUCCUAUGAAAUCGAAGACUGCAUCGACAAGUACAUGCACAAGCUAAACCACGAACCGAAUAAAGUAGGUGGCAUCAAGGGCUUCAUCAGCAAGAGCAUUGCCAAGGUGAAAAAUAUGGGAGUUGUCCAUGGGAUUUCUGAUCAGCUUGAGCAACUCAAGCUCCAAGUCGUUGAGACAAGCGAGCGACACAAGAGGUUACUAAUGCCUGCGCAAGUAACAUCUGGGGUAUCAACCACAACAAUUGACCCUCGAAUGCCUGCGCUGUAUGCUGAUGCUACUGAUCUUGUUGGUAUUGAUGCAACAAGAGAUGAGCUCAUCGAGCUGGUGACCAACCAGGAAGAGAAAGAGUUGAAGGUGGUGUCGAUUGUUGGGUAUGGAGGCUUGGGAAAGACCACACUUGCGAUCCAGGUAUACAGACACCUUCAUGGGCAAUUUGAUUUUCAAGCUAAGGUGCUGAUGUCAAGAAUCUUUGAUAUGAAGAGGAUACUACGGGCAAUACUCUUUCAAACUAAUGAGACAGAUUACCGGGACCAGAACACAGAAUCAUGGGGUGAAGAUUUACUCAUUGAGAAGCUGAGAAAAUUUCUGAUGGAUAAAAGGUACUUUGUUGUAAUUGAUGACAUAUGGGAUGCUCGAAACUGGGAUGCCAUCAAAUGCGCUUUUCCUAAUGGCAAGCGUGGAAGUAGAAUAAUGACGACAACAAGAAUCAGUAGUGUUGCUAAGUCAUGCUGCACCCAUCGCCGUGAUCAUAUACACAAAUUAAGUGUUCUUAGUGAAGCUGAUUCUCAGUGUUUAUUUUAUAGAAGAGCUUUUUACUGUGAAGAUGGAUGCCCACCUGAACUGGAAGAAGUUGCCACUGAAAUUGUGGGAAGAUGUGGUGGUCUAUAAUUACUCUGGCAAGUUUAUUGAGUACUAAAUCAUAUACAAGACGAGAGUGGAUGAUAGUACGGAAUUCUAUUGGUCUGGGAGUUAUGAACAAUGAUGGGAUGCAAGACAUGAA